AAUGAUCUUCGAGGUUCUUUAUUAGCUUUCCAUUUGCAGAUGAAACAGUACUGAACCAUUUUUUUAAUUAUUUAAAAAAUAAAUUUAAUUUACAAAUGAUGGACAUGCCUUAGCGAUCAGAAUUGUGGUACAACAAAGGAGAUGGAGCGAAGUUUCAGACAAUCGGAUACUUUUUAUUCGUUAUUUAGUAAUCAAAUACAUACGAUUACUAGCAGUAUUUUGUAUGAUCAAACGCAAACUAUUCUGUAUUUAAGCAUUAAUUCUUUAUUAAAUAAAUAGAAGUUUGAUUUACAAAUAUUUUUGAAAAAAUAACAAAACCUGAUUAACUUUUUUAUAACAAUUUUCGGUAAUAUCAGCAGAAAGUACCUUAUUUCAUCAUUAAUCCAAAUCUCUUUAUCUUUAAAUUUAAUUUUAACGGUUAAAAUCGUUUGCUUAAAGGUAAAAUCGUUUCUCGGAUUCUCAGCUGUUUAGCCCAUUUUUGACACAUUUACUUGCUCUUUAUUUAUACCAGGAAACAUUCUUAGAAAUUCGUGGCAAAAUAUUGCCAGAUGCGGCCCUUGGUCGGCUGCAAGCGGUCAAACAAUUUCUUGUGUAGGUGACAAGGUUUGUAAGAAAAAUGUAAAAUUGCCGAGUGAAUCCGAGCACAUGUAUCGGGUAUUAAAAUGUCGAGCAGAUAUUCUCGAUGCUAUUCUCUCACCACCAUUUCUAACACUGUUUCUAACAUUUAAUUCUUCCCGGUCACCGCCAGAGAUCGCAUGUACCUUUUAUUUCUUUAACAAAAUAAAAAAAUUGAAAUAUAAUUUAACAAAAAAGUUGUUCUGAUCAUCAGGGUACGGUAGGAAAGGACAACCGUAGCAGAGUGAGUGUAUUGUCUUUGCUUUUGUAAGUUUAAAAAUAAUAAACUCCGUCAGACCGUUUUUUUUUUAAACUUAAAAAAUAAUUGGACUGUGCAAGAGACACUUCUGUAAAGGAAAAGUAAUCAUAAAUUAAUAAAUUAUAACACACCACGGUACGGUUGAUAUUUUUGCGAAUGGAGGAGGACGAAUUUCCGGCGGUAUCUCCUAGCGUAGAUUUUAAUAAGAUUUUACCUAUUCAUCAAAAACGUAUUAUAGCCUUUAUUAAUCAUUUUGUUACAACAACAGUAUGUUUUUUAAACAGUUUCACUGGUUCUUGCGAGUCAAAACUAAUGAAUGUUGAACACAAAAUGCAAAGGCUGGAAAGUUCACUAUUAAUAUUAGAAUCACAUCUAUCAUCUAUGAGUAGUUUAAGGCCCAAAGAAGUUACCACAGUUAUUAGCUUAGAAUCAUCAACGCCUCUUGAAUUACCUGAAGUAACAGAUUGUUGUGAUGAAAAUAAGGAAAAUAUUGAAGAAAAUGUGGACUAUAUUUCAACAGCUUCAAGUGGAAAUGUCACCGAAGAUCCAAAAUUAGCUCAUUUUAUGAAAAUGUUACAUGUUGGAGUUCCCUUACAAGCUGUGAGAAUAAAAAUGCAAUUAGAAGGUGUAGAUCCUUCUUUGUUAGACAAAGCCUUUGAAUGUGCAGUGAAGGAAUAAUAUAUAAUAUAGUAAAUAAGCACAUUAUUUUUAUAAAAAAUUUGUGGUAUAUAACUGUAAAUAAAACAUUAUA